AUGGUUGGCAAGGUUGCUUACGAGUUAAGAUUACCUAGUGAGCUAGCUUCAAUUCACCCGGUAUUCCGUGUAUCCAUACUUAAGAAGUUCAUUGGUGUCCCCGAGUCUAUUAUUCUUAUUGAAGGUCUUGGUAUGGAUGAGAACCUCUCCUAUGAAGAUGUUCCGGUGGAAAUCCUUGAUUGGCAAGUGAAGAAGUUGAGGAAGAAAGAGGUGACCUCAGUAAAGGUUCUAUGGAGAAACCACCUAAUUGAGGCAACAACAUGGGAGGUCAAGGCCGACAUGAAGUCCCAUUAUCCUCACCUUUUUGCUAAUUAA